GCGGAGUGAGGCCAUCAAAAUUCAAAUUGAUUGACAGAAGGCAGGUUAGAACGUGCUAUGGAUGGUGUCCUUUGUACGAACUACUGUCCCAAGAAAAGUUUGGACUAAAUUACGCCUCGCGGCGGAGUCAAAGGAUGAAAGGGGAAAAUUAAUUCAACUUGUUUGAGAUCAAGAGGAUUGUGAAGAUUCUGAGAACUUCUAUUCACGCAAUAUAACUACUUUUAAAAUGGUUCGGCUGAUAUUUCGUUGUCAAAACAUCAGCUUUGGAUUUGUUUUAGCGAUGGUUUUAAGUUUCGCUUUACCACAAACUGCACAAAUGGCAGACACCGUGCCCGGUGUGAGAAUCUACAAGAAAGGAGACGUAGUGAUCGGUGGUUUAUUCCCCGUUCACGUGCGUAGAGAAUUUCGAUCAAAGUUUCUGUCGUUAGCGGAAGCCAUGGUCUUCGCAAUUGAUCAAAUCAACAAGGAUUUGAAACUGCUACCAAAGAUUAUACUGGGUUACGAUAUUUCUGACACGAAUUUACAAAAUCGUCAAGCUAUGAAAUCUACGUUGGAUUACGUGAACGUUCAUAAAUUUUCUGUGAUAAAUCCUGCAUUAAAUGAAUCGUGUGCUAUUUUACCGCGGGGUCAACUUUACCCGGUGGCUUCAGUAGUGGGAACCGGAACAUCGCGAUCCUCCAUACUGGUAUCAAAUUUACUAGAGGUUGAAGACAUUCCGCUAAUAAGCUACGCUGCUACUAGCGACGAACUUAGCAGUAGCGCGUACCCUUCGUUUUUUCGUACUGUUCCUCCCGAUCGCUUCCAAUCGAAGGUUAUGACCGAUAUUGCAAAGUAUUUUAAUUGGACCUACGUAGCUGCGAUCGCCGCAGACGACGCGUACGGGAGAUCGGGGAUCGAAUUUUUCCGUAAACAUUCAAAACCCCAAGGGAUAUGUAUUGCGUACGAUAACUAUUUUCCGGUUGGCGACCAAGGCAAGGAAAGAAUUCGGACGAUUGUCGAGGAACUUAUCGAGAGAGAAAAUGUUGGUGUGAUUAUCUUAUAUUGUGACAAAGAAUCUGCGUCAAUUGUGUUGGAAGAGGCACUACGACAAGGACUUAAGGAUCGAAUCUGGAUAGCUAGCGAGGCUUGGGGUGAUAAUGAUGACGUUAUCCGAAAGAAAGAACUUCAACCAGUCUUAAAGGGGAUGCUUGGAGUUGUAUUCACGGAUAUUACUGUUCCUUCAUAUAAGCGGCAUUUAUUGUCACGCACGUCGCUUUAUAGAAACUCGUCAUGGUGGAAAACUUUCUGGGAAAGAGAGUAUAAUUGUACAUUUGGUGUUGUUUCGUCCGGAGGAAAGCAAUGCUCAGAUGAUCUGCAGGUAACUGAAAAAAUCUUCGAGGAUAGUUUGUCCGACAGCAAAGCAACCUAUGUCAUCAACGCUGUGUAUGCAAUCGCGCAUGCGUUAGACGCUAUCUAUAGGUGUAAACCCCACCCGAUGAGAAAAUGUCCCCAAACAAAGCCUUUCGUCAAACCAAAGGAUGUUCUUGACUACCUGAAGAAAGUCAACUUCUCUAGUGAAGUCUCUAGAGUCUAUUUUGAUGAAAAUGGCGACUCAUCCGCGUCUUACAGUAUCAUCAAUUAUCGUGUGGAUGAAGAGAAAGGAGGUCGAGUUAUUAAAGUGGGGACCUGGGAAGAAGGCAAACUCAAGCUCAAUGCCAGCUCCAUCGUCUGGAACGACGGGCUCUCAGGAAACAUCCCGCGCUCGGUCUGCAGUGAGAGAUGCAAGCCAGGAUACCGACAGACGCAGGAGAUAAACUGCUGUUGGCAGUGCAUUCGGUGUUCUGAAAACACUGUUUCGUCUUCACAUGGAGCCAUGAAUUGCACCAAGUGCGGGGAAGACCACAUCUCAAAUGAAGAUCGUACGAAGUGCGUACCAGUUCCUUUAGAGCGCAUCCAUUUUGGAGAACCUUUAGGCGCAGUCAUCACAGUUAUCUCGUGCUUAGGGAUGCUUGCUUCAUUAGCUGUCGGUGCUGUGCUUGGAUGGCGCAACAACACGCCAAUCGUCAAAGCAUCUAAUAGAGAACUCAGCUACCUAUUCCUCUUCAGCAUAGGGAUGAAUUAUUUAUGGGCGAUGGUAAAUCUUUCAGAACCGAACGAUGUGAUCUGCCCGUUAAUACAAGCUUGGUUCUAUAUUUUUUACACCGUCGCUAUUGUCGUACUUGGAGUCAAGACGAAGAGAAUUGUACAUCUGUUUGAACAUCGUGUUCCUCGGUCGGAGCUUACCAAAAGAUUUAUCGAGAAACACAAGCAUAUUUUGAUAAUUAUCGGCAUUGUGGCUCUCGAUGUCCUGAUUCUUCUUAUAUGGUUUGUUGUUGACAUUCCCCACCCAUACGUCGACAAAUCAUUGCGAACGACUUUCGUUUACGCCUGCUCGGAGACUACUAACACAGGGGGACUUUUCUGUCGUUAUCUCCUUAUCGCUAUUCUCGUUAUCAUGUCCUUUGUCUGCUGCUACUUUGCUUUCAAGUCCAGGAAACUCCCGCACAACUUUAACGAGGGGAAAUUCAUCGCAUUUGCACUUUACGUCCUGGUCAUCUCGUGGGUGACAUUUUACCCGGUUUAUUUGAACAUCCGCGGCAAAUACACUGUGAUAGUAUCGGGUACCUCAUCUAUCAUCUCCGCCACAGGAAUGCUAGUUUGUAUCUUUGUGCCAAAGAUUUACAUUAUUAUUUUCCAUCCCGAGAAAAAUACUGUGGCUUACAUGAAGAGCCAAAUUUCUAACCACACGUUCCGUAGGAGCACUGUCGAUGGAGAAUCCCGACAAAGAUCCUAUCAGCCGGAUGGCGGAAACACCGGAUCGGGGACAACCCCAAGAGAAAACGCAACCCAGCCGCGAUCUAGGGAUUCUCCGAAGCUAUCAAAGGAGGAAUCUAAGGGCAGUCACAGGUGCGUUACCAUGUUAUAGCUGGAAAAUUUGUUGGGCUUAGAAGGAAAAAACUAAAAAGACCUGCUAAAAACAGGAAUAGUUCUGGAGGCUGUGCGUUUUGUAGCCUGAAUAGUAGCCGCCUCCUCCGCUCGCUAAGCAUAGGAGACUUCCAAAACUUAACGGAGCUGUGUCACGAAAUUCAGCCAAAUUAGGAAAUUACAAAAUGCCCGUUAAAUUAAGAGAAACAUAAAAAUAACCGCUUAAAACUUUAAACGAAGGUUAAAACAACAUAACAGAAACAACAGACGCCACGGAUGGGCAAAACUGAAGAAGAUUGAAACUGAUUGAAAUUAGGGUUUUUGAAAACUGUUCAGCCUAACAGUUUUUCAAAGUUGAUCUCUGCUGCUUGCAACUUCAAAAAUAAUGUUCAGGACACAUAUUUGUUUAUCUCGGAUCUCUGAUUUUGUCAUUUACAUAUAAUUUCUUUGCUUACUUUAAGUUCCAUAGCGAUUGAGGGCGAGUAAUUGGCAAAAUUAAACAAAAUGAACUGGACUGCUAUGACACAGCCCCUUUAAUAUAGCGAUCAUAAAUCUUAGACUCGUUGAAUGUUUGAAUGAAAGACGCGUCUUUGUACUUUCAGCCAUUCAAGUUGGCUUACCUAUGCGCCUAACUUUUCCGCGGUCAAACGAGAGAAAUAAACAAAGCUAAACAAAGUACUUCAAAGCUAAGGUUGCAACUUUCACUGCUGAAUGUGUAAGAUAUUAUCAAUAUCCCGUCCGUUUACUAAAUGUUUUGAGAGUUUACGGAAAAAAGUUGUAAGUGUUAAACAUCGAAGUUGGUGUUAUGUCAGCGUCAUUUUCCAGCUGAUUUCACUCCAGCGAGGAGCGUCUUCAGCGAUGAGAAGCUCGAUAUUUCGAGAAAAAUGAAAAGACAGUUAGGUUAACAAAAUAAUCUUGACUGCACAUUUUUUGCCCAGGCAUGUUUAUACACUUACUGGUAAAUGUAAUUCCAUCAUUUUAAAACAAAAUACACCUUGGACGUUUGAUCGCGGUGGAGGUCCUAACUGGUAAUUGUCUUUUUUGCGACAGUCGACGAAGUCACUAAUCUUGUUGUACCCAGAUCCCCACGGCCAAGUGAGCGAGAUUUAGUUACGAGAUCAGAAGUCACAUAACGCAGACUGGAAACUAAAAACAUUUUCGAUAACAUGAUUUUGAAGAACGCUUUAUCAUCCCUGACUAAGGAAAGCAAUUUUGGCCAAAUACAAGAACCCAUAUUGUAAUUACUGCAUCCUUCAGUGACAGGAAUGGGACCCUGGAACUCUCAUCCGUGUGUGAGUCCUCAUAUAUCGUUUGGCCUAUGCAACUACGGCUAAUCUGCAUUUACGGAAGUUGGUCCGCCGAAAUAUUCCAGGUAGACUUAACUUUGCUUUAAGAUCUUCAAAAAUAUGUUAUCAAUUAUGUACCCAGGCCGUGGAAAUAAUAUUUUUAGUUUUAGAAAAACAUCUAUCUACUAAAACAGCUCAUUUACUAAACAAUUAGUCGUAGAUACACUGAUUGUGUGAAAUCGCGUUCUAUUAAAGCCUCCCCUUGAAAUCCCCCGAUAACUAAUAUUGUAUCUCUUGCGGAUACAACUCACAAAAACAAAAUUUCUCUUCAGUAUUAGGGAGCUUACGCAACAACGACGGUGACAGCUACGAAAAAGUCACCUAAAAAGUGAAUUCGCGCUGCUUCAAACUUUAUCGCGCCUAUUAGAUCCCGUUCAGUUCGUCAAAUGUUGGCAAAUUUUUCUGGAGAUGAAUUCUAAAAGACUGUAUCGAAGUUCAGGAAAAGAAAAAGAAAGUUGUUGUCUUGUGUUCACGUUCUCCACAAAACAUGAAAUUAGGCAUUUUCAGAUCUUAGUCGUGCAGUGACGACAAAGAAAUGUACAAAAAAUCGUGAUGCACGUGCACAGUUGUUGUUUUACUAAUCGAAACCUAUUGCUUUUUUGCCGUUCUCGUUCCCGUCGCCGUCGUCGUUGCGUCUAAACCGGCCCAAGCGUCUAAACCGGUUUAGUCCCCAUCUACCCGCAUCCGCAACUUUUUCUUUGCGGAUUCGGCUUUCGUCCACACGUGUUUUUGAAUCUGCUGUUCAGAGUGGACAGUCCUUAGUUCAUCACUUAGGUUCGGCACAUGAGUGGAGCGACGUUUGAACCAGGCCUUAGUGUCGUCAAUUGUUCUUUUAUCUUUUAGAGAACUCUAGAAUAUUGAAGGCUACUCAACAUUUUAAGUUUGAAGUGUUGGUAUUUUUUUUUGGAUACAUUAUUUUUCUUUACAUUUCACAACCAUAGUAAGCAUACAUUUCAAAGAAAUCUUAUAAAAUUCGCCC